AAUUAUGUCAAAAUCCAACAAAAACAAAAAAAAUAAAUAAAACGACAGGAUGCUUCUGGUGUUCGCACAAUUUAAAUGACUGAAUCUCUGAAUAAAUCAGACAAAAUAUGACUGAAACCAUAGCACAUAGCCAACCGAAACAGUUUCCGUCGGGAACUUGUAGAGCCUGUAUGUUGUUCGACGAUUCGAGCAGAAUGAUAUUUUUGUUUGAAAGCAACAACAAUUUGGCUGAAAUAUUUUCCAAAUGUACUUCGUUGGAGGCUUCAGACGUCGAUGAUGGUUUACCGAAGCAUAUUUGCUUGAGUUGUCACAAUGACUUGGUCAAUGUUAAUAAAUUUAGAUUGUUGUGCACGUCGUCAGACACUUUCUUUCGCCAGAACAUGAAGAUUAAAGUGGAUCAUGACGAUCAUGACAGUGAUGAGGUGGAUGUUAAUUUUGUUACUGAAGAAGGCGACAAAAACGAUAAACAAGAAGGUACAGGCAAUAUUGUGGAGAAGGCCGAAGAUUUAGAUGAUUGGUCUCAAUCUGAUUCAGAAAACAGUCUCACAAUUGAAGAAUCGAGAGACGAGCAAACGGCACUUGGCGCAGAUAUUAACGCAGAGAAUUCCGAUACAAAUGGAACAACUGAAAUUGAAACUAGCAAAGACGGUCUUGAUGUUAGCGCAGAAAGUCCGAAUAAAAAGUCGACCCUAAGUUGUGACCAGUGCGGCAAAAAGUUUUUCAAACUGCAUCGCUUAGAAGGUCACUUACGUCAACAUCAGGGACUUAAGCCUUGCGUCUGUGGAAUAUGUGGUAAGGCGUUCAGUAAGUGGUCUGGAUUGAGUUUACAUAUGAGUGGCUGGCACAAUGAUAAACCAGACCAAAAACAAUUCUCUUGCGAUGCUGAAAAUUGUGACAAGGCAUACAACAUGAAACAAUCGCUGAGUUUGCACAAGAAAAAUCGACACUCUGAUACGAAGACAGUUCAAGAAAUUAAAUGUGUGUGCGAAGUGUGUGGAAAACCGUUCAAAACCAGCAACGCACUUAAAAAGCACACUUAUACGCACACUGGAUAUGACAAAAUGCCCUAUUCGUGCUCCGUUUGUCCCAAGAAGUAUACAACAAAACAUAAACUGAAGGAGCACACAAUGCGACAUGACGGAGUCAAAAAUCAUAUCUGUCCAUUUUGUGGACUACGGAAAACUACGCCACACGAGCUGAAAGUUCAUAUUAAUUACCAUACGAGGGAAAAAUUAUGGCCCUGUAAAUUGUGCAACGCCCAAUUUUCGAGCAUUGGCAACAUGAGCAGACAUUUCAAAAUUGUCCAUUGUGGCAUUAAGGCUUAUACCUGCACAAUAUGCGAUAGAUCAUUCGGCAAAUCGGAAACUCUGAAACAUCACGUCUAUACACACACAGGCGAAAAGCCGCAUGCUUGCAGCAUCUGCAACAAACGAUUUAUUCAGUCUAUUGCGCUGCAGACUCACAUGAAAACGCAUAAGAAAGUCACCUGAAAUUAAACGGUAGGUAUACUCAAUAUCGUACACAAUUUAUACUAUAACGUCUGACGUAACACUGUGUUAUAAUGGUAGCAACAUUAAAAUCAAAUAUUUUCUAUA